GUUUUUCCGAUGUGUCCGACACCACAUGAAUGCAGCAUAACACAGCCUACUCCCGCGCGGUGGCGAUAGAAGCUAAACUCUCAGGAAAUGUCAGCUGUAUGGAUGGUGAAGGUGGUCGGCCUGGGUUUAGUGGCCAUUUCCCUCAGCGUGGAGCUGCUCGGCUGGCUCGGCCGUCGACUUAGGCCCCGAAAGAUCCGCAAUGAGGUCCUGUUUUUUCCUUCAGAGAUGUCCUGUGUGGAGCACAUCGUCAAUCCCAACUCACCUUAUACCUGUUUGUGCCCGUUUCCCCACGGUGUGGAGACGUCUUUCUCCCGUCUCCUCCGAAUCCUCCUGUCUGCUUCCUCCACUCUGGACCUGUGUGUCUUUGCCUUUUCCAACAUGGACCUCUGCAGGGCCGUACUAGCGCUGCACAACAAAGGUGUCAUCAUGCGAGUCCUCACAGACAAGGACUAUGCUGCCAUCACUGGCUCCCAGAUAGGUGUUCUCCGCAAAGCCGGGAUCUGUGUGCGCUGCGACGGGGGCUCCAGAGGCUCCGUGUACAUGCAUCACAAGUUUGCAGUGGUUGACGGCCGACUGCUCAUCACCGGCUCCCUCAACUGGACGCUGCAAGCAGUGCAGGCCAACAUGGAGAACGUCCUCGUCACUGAGGAGCCCGACCUGCUGCGACCGUUCAUCAAGGAGUUCGACAGGUUGUGGGUUUGCAAUGAGCCAGGCCAACAUCACAGUCUUGGCACUUGAACGUCUACAAAAUUAAACGUUUUCGAGUUUCUCUGAAGAUUUGUUCGAGCGACAGUAGCACUACUCAAGAUAACGGAUGUUUCAUGGCAGGCAUUUGACCUCAGACAGACUUAAGCCUGAUUUUGUCUCGCAGUGUGUAAUGUGAGUUUCUGUUCCAUUCAGUUGUUUCUCUUACAUUAUAACCAAGGUAAUGUCCUGCAGUUGUUGUGUUGAGGACUGCCAAAAAAUAAGAUGACAUCCACAUUUUCUUUGUCCUACAGUUUGAAAGAAAGUACUUCUGUUUGUAUUAAGAAAGAUUCUUUCUUUCCUUAAUUAAAGUUAGAGGUUUUUUUGACUUUUCAAAAUAUUACAUUUUAAUCGGUGACUGAUCUCUUCUGAGCAGAUCAAGUAAAUAAUAUUUUUUAAAUGCUUACUUUGUUAUCAACAGUGUAUUACUUUACACAUGUUCCCUGUCCAAACAAGGGAUUAUCCGGGCUAGUUUGGUAUUGGAGUAAUAAGGGAUAAUCUGGACUAGUUAAGGAAUUUGAGUUUAUUGCCAUCAAUUACAAAAGACAAUACACCGUUCACCUCAUGUAGCAUAAUGACACUAGGUUUAAAAUCCAGUGUAUUGUUUAGGUUGUGCCUCUGUGGUCUCAGGCAUUAUUAUGUUUGCCAAGCACCAAUAAAAACCCCUCUUUCAUGCUGCAGUUUUUGGCAGGUUUGUUGCAUCAUUGCCCUGCAGCUGUAGUUUUUUCUCCUGCUCCGACAUGAAAGCUCUUACAGCACAAAUACAUGCUGGUAUCCUCACUGCUGAAAUAUUAUCAGCAUUUGAGGUUUGCAAGUCGAGCGGAUGGGGGUUUGGACAUGAUUAAUGUGCCUUGUUGUAAGACUGCCCCUGCAUUGCUCAACAGUCAGGCUGAUGCCUGUUGAUUAAGGCCUGAACUGGUUUGUCUCAGUGGAGUGUAUUAAUAUUUCAGCAGUUCAGAUGUUUUAGUGAGGCGUACCAAAUGAGAAUUUUAGACCUUAGAAAUCAGCUGCUAUAUUUUAUCCACGGUGUGUGAGUGACCGAUUACACUGAGAGGUCAUGAGUUUGGAUGCGUUGCUAGUGCGUAACGCCCUCGACAUACAACACAUGGUCGAGCAGAGCCUCCUAAAGUUUGUAGAAGCUGCGCAAGUUGGCUG